CUUGCACUAAUUAACGACGUUGCCUCACCAAUUGUGCCUUGUGGGAUCUGUCGUCAAGUAAUUCACGAAUUUUGUCCCUUCGACAUGCCUAUCCUACUGGUUGCAUCUUCUUACACUGAGAAGGAGAACAUACUCUUAGGGAAUUACUUCCAGUUGGUUUCGGACCCGAGGACUCAGAAAGAGACGUGGUUAAGCUCCCUUUUGAUACCUAUUUGA